UUUGUUGCGUUGGACUAGCAGAGACCUGAAACGAAGAAAGUACUCAACACCUUGUCAAAGUUUUUGACUUUAAGAUCUGGGUACCACCUCUCACUUGGCCACUGCAUCGAAUUUGUCGCAAUUUGAUUUCAGAAGAGAAAAUUCCCAAAAAUAAAUAAGAGGGGGGAAGCUAUGGAGCAAACGCAGUGGAAGAGAAGCUCGAAGAUGUGGAUGGUUUUGGCGUGUUUGAUGAUGAGCUUCUUUAGCGGCAUUGAGUCGCUAUCGGUGACGGUAAACGACGUCGAGUGCGUCUACGAGUAUGUGCUUUAUGAGGGUGACACUAUUUCGGGGAACUUUGUUGUCGUCGACCACGAUAUUUUCUGGGGCUCCGAUCACCCUGGUAUCGAUUUCACGGUGACAUCUCCUGCUGGUAAUACAGUCCAAAAUAUCAAGGGGACCUCUGGUGACAAGUUCCAAUUUAAAGCCCCGACACAUGGAAUGUAUAAAUUCUGUUUUCACAACCCUCACUCAACACCUGAGACUGUUUCUUUCUACAUCCAUGUUGGUCAUAUUCCAUCUGAGCAUGAUCUUGCCAAAGAUGAGCAUUUGGAACACUAG